GCUGCCUCGGGACCCCAGAGGGAGAACCGGCCGCCGUCGACCUGCUGGUAGCCGUGCCAUCUCCGGUGAUUACCGAUUUCUGCGCCCGCCGAGAAACACUCCGGACACAGCUCGAUAUCGGGGCAAUCGGUGCAGCGAAGCCGCAGGUUUGUAACAUCUGCUAGGCAGUUAACGCAGUACUUCUUCCCCAGGUCGGCCAUGUUGCCUGGCUCCUGCUUCUUGUUGUUGGAGGCAGAACUGCGCGCCUGCGCACAACGAGCUUCGCAGCGCGACCUGCUAACAUCCUGGUUGUUAAUAUUAAUGAGUAAGGGCGCCUCUGAUUGGAUCCCGAUCCCAGUUUCCAGGACAACCGAAACAAAACGAACCGUGUCAUUGACUUCGGAAGUGCACGAGCCCUAUAGCUAUAGAGAAAUUGAAUAAUACUUUUGGAUAUUCUUUUUUUUAUUGAAAAUGGAUGGAGGGACAGAAAAUGAGGUGAAGAAUGAUGGGAUGCUGCCAGCAGAUGCCUCCAACGAGGAGCUAAAUGGAAAUGUAAAGGAAGGUGUUCCAGCUGAAAUGGUUGCAUCGGAUCCUGAUGAAGAGUACUCUGGAAGCACUAAAGGGGCCCCUGUUGAAGAAGAGGCCUCAAGUGAACCAGAAGAGAACAGUGGAAACAAGUUCCUGGGUGUUGAUUACAUCACAAGUGAAGACUUGGCUGUGAAGAAGCAUGAAGUCAAGGAACAGCCAAUAUCCCACGAGGAGAGUGUUGUUUUUGAAAUAGACAGCAUUAAUGACAAUGGACCUCCCACACUGCAUCUCAAGAGCCUGGACGGCCAGAACACCAGUCAGGAGGAAGACGAGGCCGAAGAAGACAAAUCCACUGCUGCCCCUGCAGCUGGAGGACACAUCAGCCAUGAAGAGUCCACGCAGCUCCUCCAGGAGCUCCUCCAAUACCGGGAUGAAGCCCUCCAACAGCACAGCCUGCUGCAGAUGAAGCUGGCAGAGUUCUUCCACAAGAAGGCCGGGGACAACGCCCAGCUGGACAGGGAUAUACCGGUGACAGAGCAGCUGCAGCAGUAUGAGAAGUACAUUAGCAUCCUGACUGACCUGAAGCAGCAGCUCGCCGCUGAUUCAGAGACAGCUCAGCAGCAGGCGGAGGAGCUGAGGUUAAAGUCCCAAGAGAAGCUGAACAAGGUGGAAAAUGAAUGGCGAGCGUUCGCAGCACUGAAGCAGGAUGUAGCUGUGGCAGCACUGAGCGGAUGCCUGGGUAAACAAGCCGCUCAGGCCAAAGUGGAGGCAACGGGGAAGCUGCUGCAGCAUGAGCUGACCAAGCUGCGCCUCAAGCACAUCAAGCUGAGGAUCAAGAUUCACAGGCUGGAGGCAGAGCUCCAUGAGGAGGAAGAACAUGCCAGGAACCCCCUACAUCUGCAGUUUGAGCAGCUGCAGGCGGAGAGGCUGGAGCUGAAGAAACACACAGAAAAGCAAAAUGAGGAAUGUUCAAAGAUGCAGAAAAAGAUCAUCAGCAGCUUGGAGCUCCUGUCAAACGUGAGGGAGAAGCUGUUCUGGAGCCAGAUGGAGGUCCAGGCCCAGCGAGAGCAGCUGGACAAGGUGGAGACCACGGUGGCCAGGAAGAGGGACCACCUGACCAGCACUAGGCAGGCACGCAACGGCCUGCUGAGAGACAACCUGAGGCUGAAGGAGCAUUGUGGACUGCUUUGAAGGUUUGAGAACUUUGAGGAGACUUUGAGGUCACUGUGGACACUUCCAACCAUCUGGAAGAACAACUGGAGGAUCUGAAGGGCUGACAAGCUGGGACUGUGUUCAGUAAUGGCAGACGGAAGAAGAAGCUGGAGAGAACUUCAUGAAUGAAUGAGCGAAUGACUGAAUUUACAUCUUAAAGUGCGAUCAGACUACACAAUAUUAGCCUGAAAUAAGUCAGGGCCAUCAGGAACGUUAAUGAGCAUCAGGCCUUUUUGGAUACUUUUAUCUCUUGUAGUGUGUUUAACCAGAUCAAAUCCACUUAGAGGAAAUCUCUUUAGCUAAGAAGGCAGCAGCGAGUUUAAUGUUGAGACAUCUUGAUUUCAUACAUACAAUAAAACAAAAAUAAAACAAUACAUAACAGAGUAAAAAUGUAAUACCAUGGAUUUACACAUAGUAGUAAAAACACAGAUACAUUGUGCAUGUUUUUGAUUAAUAUUAAGUAAUUUUUAAUGUAAAAUGUUUCAUUCUAUAUUUAUGUUUCUUCUGUGUUAAUUGUUAUGCACCAAACAAUAAAGGGAAAUUACUUGUAAGAUGUAUGUGAAAAGAAACUUACUUUGCAACAAACCUGAU